CCACUUUACUAAUUCCCAAACCUUACACUUUCUUGCUAUCACAUUUCCUAUAAUAAGAAAGACGUCUUGGUUUUACUAUUCCAAAACCCUUGCCAAGUUGCAUAUAGUAAGAAGCUGAUGCUGGCUUUACUUAUUCUUCAGCUGGUUCUUUAAUUUGGAGGUCAAUAGCUGAGAAACUCUCAUGGUAUUCUCAUUUUCUCUUACAUCCUUUGUUCACCCUCAACUCCGGCAUGUUGUUGGAAAAAUGUCUCUGUUUGAUACAAUUUUGUUCUAUGUGGUACAUCUUUUGGACAAGUUUGAUCUAUGGCAUAGAUUACCAGUGUUACUCGGGUUGGCUUACUUAGGAUUAAGAAGACACUUGCACCAGCGAUACCACCUGUUACAUGUAGGAAAAGUUAAUGGCAAGAAAUAUGAUACAGAAGAGUUCUCGUAUCGGACUGCUGAUGGUACGUGCAAUCAUCCUGUGGAUCAUUUAGUGGGCAGUCAUGGAACCUUCUUUGGGCGCAACAUGCCACCAUCAACUUCAACUUACGGGCUGCUGGAACCUCAUCCAGCAACAGUGGCAACGAAGCUCUUGGAAAGGAGAAAGUGCACAGAUUGCGGGAGCCAAUUAAACAUGAUAGGAUGCGCGUGGGUACAAUUUAUGAUCCAUGAUUGGAAUGACCAUAUGGAGGACACUGAACAGGUGGAGCUUAGAGCUCCUGAAGAUGUUGCAGCAGGGUGUCCAUUGAAGUCAUUUAAGUUCUUUAAGACCAGAAAAGUUCCUACAGAUUCACCUGAUCCGAAGUUUGGGCAUUUGAAUUCAAGGACCCCAUGGUGGGAUGGGAGUGUAAUAUAUGGGAAUAAUAAGGAGGGCAUGAUUAGGGUGAGAACAUUUAAAGAUGGAAAGCUCAGGGUCUCAGGAGAUGGACUUCUUGAACAUGACAAUAAUGGCAUUCCAAUAUCUGGAGAUGUUCGUAACAAUUGGGCAGGCUUCUCUCUGUUGCAGGCCUUGUUUAUGAAGGAACAUAAUGCCAUAUGUGAUAUGCUUAAAGAGCAUUACCCUGAAUUUGAUGAUGAAAAGCUGUAUCGACAUGCAAGAUUGACAACUUCAGCAGUCAUUGCUAAAAUCCAUACCCUUGAUUUGUCAAUUGAACUUGCUAAGACUGAUACUGUAGUUGCGGGAACGAGGAUCAACUGGUAUGGAUUUUUGGGGAAGAAAAUCAAGGAUUUGUUAGGACUUAAGUUUGGACCAAUUCUAAGUGGAUUAGUUGGUCUUAAAAGGCCCAGAGACCACGGGACUCCCUACUCAUUGACUGAAGAAUUUGUUAGCGUCUACAGAAUGCACUCACUUUUACCUGACAAAAUUAUUCUGAGGGACUUGAAGUCGACUACUUCAGAAGACAAAUCCUUGCCUAUUCAAGAAGAGAUUCCUAUGACGGAAAUGAUUGGGAAAGAAGGAGAAAAAAGCUUGUCCAAAAUUGGUAUAGAGCAGAUGCUGGUAUCAAUGGGUCAUCAGUCAUGUGGAGCUGCUACAUUGUGGAAUUAUCCGACGUGGAUGAGGAAUCUUGUUCCUCAUGAUGUUGAUGGAGAAGAAAGACCAGAUUUAGUUGACAUGGCCGCAUUGGAAAUUUAUAGAGAUAGAGAGAGGGGAGUUCCACGGUACAACGAGUUCAGAAGGAAUUUGCUGAUGAUACCAAUUAGCAAGUGGGAGGAUUUAACUGAUGAUGAAGAAGUAAUUGAGGCUUUGCAAGAAGUAUAUGGUGAUGAUGUUGAGAAGCUAGAUCUCCAAGUUGGUCUACACGCGGAGAAGAAAAUUAAAGGCUUUGCCAUUAGUGAGACUGCCUUCAACAUAUUUCUGCUCAUUGCUUCAAGGAGGCUAGAAGCUGAUCGAUUCUUUACCACUAAUUUCAAUGCGCGAACCUACACAGAGAAGGGCUUCGAAUGGGUUAACAAGACAGAGACAUUGAAAGAUGUUAUAGAUCGACACUUCCCUGAAAUGACAGAGAAAUACAUGAGAUGCACAAGUGCAUUCGCAGUGUGGAAUUCAGACCCAAAUCCUAGACGUUAUUUACCUCUCUAUCUGAGACCAGCAACCUAGUAUGUUUUAUAGGAUGUGCACUUUGUAACAUUUGUAUGAUAUGAAUAUGUAAUACGGUAUAGACAACGUUAAGUUUGAAAGUAUUAUAUGUAAGAUCGCGUAAAUAUGUAAAUGGAUUAAUAUGUGUGAGUGCGACACGCUUGACUAUGCAAGUGUGUUAACUUUUUGCUGUCCAGUGACUCAAUAGGAGAAUAAAAAUAACUCGCUGUUGCUUCUGAA